GAGGAAGGUGUGGGGCCCGUGGGGAGGCUUGAAGAUGACGAUAGUAAAAGACAGCUAGCAAUGAAGGAGGAGGCUCACCUACCAUUUUACACAACAUCACUCUCUUUCUUCUUCCUUUUUAGCCCUUUCCUUCUCUCUCUCUCUCCUUUCAAAACUCAAUUCACUUCUUCAUUCAAAACCCAUUCUCUCUCUCUCUCUUCUUUCUCCAUUCCUUAUAUUCAACCAGGAAUAGGGUUUUGGUAGUUUAGGGCUUCGUUUGGAUUUUGGUCUCUGCUGCUUUGGUUUCGUUUCCUCUUGAGUUUUUGUUUAGGCGGGAGUGAAUUUGAGUUCAAAACCAAAACUCAACAGGACAAUUUUUCAGAGACAAUGAUCGGACCGAACUUCAUCGACGAGAUAGACUGCGGGAGCUUCUUUGACACCAUUGACGACCUCCUCGACUUCCCAAACGACGACGUCGAGUCCGGACUGGGCCCCGCCCCUGACUGCAACGCUGCGUUUAACAACUCCCUCUGGCCCAACCAGUCCGGCUCGCUCCCGGCUCCCAACGACGCCGUUUUCUCAGCCGGCAACUCCGCCUCCGACCUCUCUGCCGAGCUCUCCGUUCCGAUUGAAGACAUAGUUCAAUUGGAAUGGCUGUCGAACUUUGUUGAGGAUUCCUUCUCUGGUGGAAGCCUCACCAUCAACAAACCAGACUCCUUCAUCAACAAGGACACAUCCCACCGCCAGUUCCAGACCUCCAGCCCAAUUUCUGUGCUUGAUAGCAGUAGCUCUUGCUCAGGUGACAAGAAUGUGCCUCAAAGUCCUGGACCGGUCGCUGCUCCUGGUAAGCGUGGACGUGCUCGCAGCAAGCGUCCACGCCCGGCCACCUUCAACCCCCGCUCCGCAAUUCAACUCAUUUCCCCUGCUUCCUCUGUUACUGAGGCAGAGGGUCCCCAGGCUGAGCCAUUCCUUGCCCCAAAGAUCCCUUCUGAUUCUGAGAAUUUUGCAGAGUCUCGUCCUGUGAUCAAGAUACCAAAACAAGCUUCUGGGGAGCAGAAGAAGAAGAAGAAGCUCAAGGUGUCGCUUCCCCUGGCUCCCUUCGAGGGGAAUCAAAAUUCCGGUCCUACACAGGCAGCAGUGAGAAAAUGCUUGCAUUGUGAGAUUACUAAGACACCCCAGUGGAGGGCAGGCCCAAUGGGACCAAAAACCCUAUGCAAUGCCUGCGGCGUCCGCUACAAGUCAGGCCGGCUCUUUCCUGAGUACCGGCCUGCUGCCAGUCCUACUUUUGUUCCAUCCUUGCACUCCAAUUCCCAUAAGAAGGUUCUUGAGAUGAGAACCAAGGGUGGCGAGUUGGUUGUUUUUGGAGAGACUGCAACAGCUAUGAACGAAACUCCCGAACUCAUUCCGAAUACUAACAGCAGCAUCUCCAUGGAUUACAUGUGAUGUGAGGGAGCAUGUAGAGGAUAAUAUUCCUAGUUGGAUACACAGUUUCCUUCUCUCUUCCUCUGUUAUGUUAUUUGUCUUAGUGUCAUUUCAUUUCUUUGUUCAUUGGUUUUUUGUACAGGGAUGGAAUGGGGGGGAAAAUAGGAGCAAAUUAGAUGACCAUAUAUUUAGCUAGUAGAGGAGAGACCUGAAAAAAAAGGGGGGGGUAGAGAGAUGCAAGUUUAAUGGUAGACUUUAGAUGUAGUGAUGAUGAUGGCUAGUAGUUCUUUAAGGUUUUUAGAAGUUGAGUCUGUGUUGUCUCCUUCAGCAUUCAUUUUCCUUUUAUCUUCCUUUGCAAGGGAAUUCUUUUUGCAGUUCAUUUGUAGUAGCAAAAUUCUGAAAUGAGUACUGGAAUUUGAGAUUUCUUAUGGUU